AUGGCACCACAACAGUAUGCCAAAGACCAGCCAGAAGGAUUCAAGAAUGUCAUUGAGAAUGUCGCCAUCGUCGGUGCUGGCGGUCAAAUGGGUGGAUAUCUCGCGAAACACCUCCUCGCGACCGGCAAGCACAAAGUCACUGCCAUCACGCGAGCCGACAGUGUCACCAAACUCCCUGACGGACUUAGAGUAGCCAAGGUCGACUAUAGCAAUUCUUUGACUAUAGUCGACGCUCUCCGCGGCCAAGACGCGCUCCUCAUCACCCUGGGCGUCUUCGUACCCCCAGACACGCAAGCCAAGCUCAUCAACGCCGCCAUUGAAGCCGGUGUUUCCUGGAUCAUGCCAAAUGACUGGGGCACGGACUCGACCAACGACGACCUCGCCAAGGACACCAUGCUCACCGACGCACGUUGGCAAGCGCGCGACCUCAUCGAGCAAGCGGGCCUGGGCCGCGUGUCCCUGGUCUGCGGUUUCUGGUAUGAGUACAGUCUCGCGGGGGCGGCGGUGCGGUAUGGAUUCGACUUCAAGAACCGAAGCGUGGUCUUCUACGACGACGGCAACACGAAAAUCAACACCAGCACCUGGGAUCAGGUGGGGCGUACUGUGGCCAAGUUGAUGAGCAUGAAGAUCCUGCCGGAGGAUGCCGAGGACACGAGCACCACCACCCUGUCCCGGUUCCGAAACCAGUUCGUGUACAUCUCGUCGUUCCUGGUCAGUCAGAAGGACAUGUUCGCCUCGGUGCUGCGCGUGACCGGGACGACAGAGGCGGAUUGGACCAUCACGUACGAGGACGCACAUGAGCGGUACAAGACCGGUGUGUCGGAGCUGCAGAGUGGCAACGUGAAUGGGUUCCCGAAACUGCUGUACGCCAGGCUCUUUUAUCGUAACGGCGGCGGUGAUUAUGAGUCGGUCAAGGGAACAAGCAAUGAAAUUCUCGGAUUGCCCAAGGAGGAUCUCGAUGAUAGGACAAAGGCAGCUAUUGACAUGGCAACCGAGGGCUCCAGGAUGACGAGGACGCGCGACCCCUGA